UAGUUUUAAAACAGCGCCACGAAGCGGUUACAUUAGUUUCCAAUCCCAGUAAAACUACACAACGAUUGACUGAGUGGUUUUAAAAGAGCACCACACAGUGUUCACAGUCUGUAAUCCGUCUCAAACCAGCAGUCACAGACUACAGUGACGAACUUCCUGUCUAUAUGAUCUUGUAAUCAUAGGAUUUUUCUUUAGAAUUUACUCAAAGAUAAACUAUGUGACAAAGAAACACGGCACACGGACGAUGACUUUGUGUCGCAAAGGUGCGGAAGGGGAAACAUUUUGCUCGUGACAGUCAAAAAUGCUCUUUGUAGUCGUGGUGGCUUGCUUUGGCCAAGGACGGAGAACAGGAACAUCACAAAGAGAAGGAGCUAGUGUAUUGAUCGGCAUGUGUAAAAUGAUCAAGAACAUGGAUAUCUGAACUUGAGUAGGAUAUCCCAAGUAAAAUUCGCUAGAAUUGUCAUCGCUUUAAAGGUAAAUUCAAUGCAGCGGUCGUCUGUUGAAAGGAAUUCUCCAAUUGCAGUAGGAUCCCUAUACAUUCAUCUCUUCUUCCGGCAGUUACUACAGAAGGGAAACAGGCCUGUUACUGCAAUUAAGAGGAAUUUAUGGGAUCACAAGUUUCAUCUGAUGAGAUGAGCGUGCGUGCGGGGCAGGGCAGUGACGAAGUACUGGUGUCGCAGGCGGUGUGGGAUUACCUUGCAGCCGCUGGACGGUCCUGGUUGGUUGACUUCGAGGAUAAGCAGGGACUGAGUGCAGACAUCAUCCGACGUGGGGAGCGUGGAGGCUGCUGCGCCGUGCGGCUCUCCCCAGUAGAGGGCGGCAGCAGGGCCAGAACUGGGCUGACGGAGGGGCCAGUUUCUCCUCAUACUCGCAAAGCUUUUAUAGACUUAUGCCGCUGUGCCCGGAAAGAGAUGACCAAACAGGAGGCACCUCCUAAGAGGAAACGUUCUCUGUUACCCUGUGUGACGGCGAUGGAACCCGAUGGGGAAGGGAGCUUGCUGCCUCCGCUCCCUCCUCAACCACGUCGCUCUCAGAGACAACAGCAGAAAUACAAGAAAAAUGCAGAGGUGGAGAACUGCGUGGUUUUACCCAUGCAACAUGAAGCCGCGGCAAGAACCGGGCCGGAAUUAAACGGCGAUCAGUUAAAGGAAGAAGAGAGCACCAUUUGCUCUAUCUGCAUGGGGGAGAUUGCAGAAAAGACAACUCUUGACAAAUGCGGCCACACUUUUUGCCGGUCUUGCUUAGAACAGGCGUUUCAAGUAAAGAAGGCGUGUCCUGUGUGCAGGCUGGUGUAUGGUCAGCUUAUCGGUAACCAGCCAGCCAAUGGGAGCAUGAUGGUGGAAAGAGACCAAGACCUAGAGUUGCCUGGACAUGAAGGUUACGGCUGUAUAUGCAUUAUUUACAGUUUCCCUCCAGGUUUCCAAGCGCAAGAGCAUCCUAACCCCGGGGUAAGAUACCCAGGCACAGACCGUGUGGCAUAUCUACCUGACAGCCCUGAGGGAAAUCGCGUUUUACGCAUGCUGCGUCGGGCGUUUGAACAGCGCCUUAUCUUUACCAUAGGCACCUCCAUGACCACCGGCAUGCAUAACGUCAUUACCUGGAAUGAUAUCCACCACAAAACCUCCAUAUGGGGCGGACCACGCUGCUUUGGUUAUCCAGAUCCUACAUAUCUUGUGCGGGUAACAGAGGAACUGCGAGAGAAGGGAAUAACAGCCGAUUGACCGUGUCUUCGUAGCAUCUGAGAUGUUUCAAAUGGAUGGCAAAUGUGUGCACUUGACCACAGUCUCUUCAUAAACUCACUGUGUCGGAUCAAGCCACAAUCAUCUGCUGCAGCAUUGGAUCAGUUCGGCCACUGUCACAAUGUUUAACGGUAUCAUUUUAGUCUGUGUCUUCAGCUUUGUUUCUUGGUUGACUUGAGUGAAAGCAGUGUCUAUCCAUACACUUUUCUUUGGCACUUUACCAAAACAGAUAUUUUAAAGGUACUCAGCUGAGUUAAGGUACCCACUGCACUGCUAAAAUGUGAAUGUACACAUUUCUUUAUCUGCAGUAUAACCUUCUUUUCCCUCAUUCAGGCGAGAACCAAUUAUUAGGCUGAUGGCAUCCCUUCUAUAUCUAUAUAUGGUUCUUCCAUCCACAUUAUGCUUAAUGGCCUUAUCACAUCUGGAUGAGGAAAAAUGAAGGGGAAAUGGCAUAGCACAGCUAAAUGGGUACAGCUGGGACAAUCCCAUACAACCUUUUUUUCUAGUAAUCAGCACUAAGAGGCACUUUGCUAUGGAGGUAAUCUUUGUAUUGUGGGAAUUUAAAGUGGAUUCUGCCUGAUCUUCCAGAGUGUUUUUUUGGGCCUUUUUAAUUAUAAGGUCCUGUUUAAAGAGUCGCUUUGAUUUCAGUCCUAGUUUUGAUCCUUUCUAACGUCCAUUUUCUUACAUUCCCAGGAAAUGCUGCGGUUUUUCAAUUUAAUAUCGAGUGCAUGAGAAUUGUUUUUGUCCUUUUGGUGUUCGUACGUUUGAGUUCUCCUGUAAUUGUAUGCGGUUUACUGAUUUUUUAAAGUUUGUUUCACAUUGAUGUCAACACUUCUGUCACUGUCAUAAAAUGAUAAAAUGAUGUCACAAUGAAAGGGCGUGUAUAUCACUUUGACCAAACUAAAUAGCAUUAUAGAUCUUUUUUGUGUGUUUCUGCCUCAGACUUCUAGAUAAGCCUAGCGUUGGGUUUAUUUUCAAGGAAGAAUAAGCUAAUUUCUUCAUGCAGAGUUAAAAAAAAAACUUAAAUUACAAAGGAAAUGGGUGCAUCUUACAAAAACUUGUCAAGGUCACAUUUAAACACAAAAACAACAGGAAACAAAAUUUAAAGAUACUUGGGAUUAAUAAAGCCUAUUUUUAGGCCAUUGCAUUUUUGCUAUUAUGGUUAUGAGAAAUGUGGUGAAGAGGUGUGCUGAAAUAUCACGUAAUUAUAUUACAAUUUAAAAAUAUUUUAAUUGCAAAGAUUAUUUAAUUUCAUAUUUCUUUUGGUUAUUUUGGUUGUGAAAUAUGCCCAGGUGUGGUCUUGACAGAUUUUGUGGGAUUCACCCAAAUGUCUUAUAUUUCUGCUUUCAUGAAGCAAAUGAUCAGACUUUUUCAUUAAAAAAUUAUUGUGCCUUCUACCAAAGGUCACAGCCUGUUAUAAAUGGUACUCUGUACUCAGCAGUAUAUUUUUUUUAUACUUAUUGCAGUAUUUCAGCUUUAAGUCCAUCAUACUUUAGGGACAGGUUAUCAAGCAUCAUAUUGUUUAACACGAACCAAACCGUAUUUACUUUCAGUUAAAAAGCUUUUGUAUUGUCUGCAGUAUGAUGUAUGAUGUUUACAUUAGCAGUUUCAUUAAAUGAAAAGAGUAUCAUAUUUGAGUUUUCUUCACCCCCACCAUUUAUGUUAUGAAGGACCAAUUCAAUCAGGAUUUGUUGGACUAAAGUGUUACUGUCAUGCAAAAUUCUAUGCACUCAGAUUUAUAAAAUAAACCUUUUCAGAUGACUGAUUGUUCAAAGUAAAUAAUUUGCCUUUAUAGUUGUGUUGAUUUGUAUUACAUUAUUAAAUUGUAUGCUACAAUUAAAACAUGUGCUUUACAUUUUCAUACUUGAAUAAAGGGGUUCAGUUCUGUUA